AUGGCGAAUGCAUUGAUGCAUAUGAUGUCUGUGAUGGUGUGCAACACUGCAAAGAUGGGAAAGAUGAAAGAAACUGCAUUAGGAGUACUACACAACAUCCAGGUAUUAAAGCGGGGCCCAGAUAUAGCAUUCUCCUGUGGAUGGGGCCGAUUCCGAUGUGAAGAUGGCAGUUGUAUUGAUUCCUUGUUGAAGUGUGAUGGGGUGAAUCACUGUAAAGAUGGCAGUGACGAACGCUACUGUUUUAAGACCUCCACAGUAUAUCCAGGUCUGUGCCGCUGGGACCAGUAUCGCUGCAAUAACGGACAAUGCAUUGACAUGAAGCAAAAAUGUGACCGAAUCAAGCAGUGUUCAGAUGGUAGUGACGAACAGUACUGUAAAGAAAUAGUUACUGUACCAGCAGGUAAUUGCAACUGGCAUCAGUUCCAGUGUGAUAAUGGUCAAUGUAUUGAAUCCUACUUAAAGUGUGAUCGAAUAUGGCAUUGCCAAGAUGGUAGUGAUGAGCAGCAUUGUUCGAAACCAAAUCAAAAAACAGAAUGUGAGAACAAUGGUUUCCUCUGCGAAGAUGGAAAAUGUCUGCAACGAAAACUGAUCUGUGAUGGAGUCUAUGACUGUCCACGUGGAGAUGAUGAGAGAAAUUGUGAAGCUUCAAAAGAGAAGAAAAAGCCCAUCAAAAAGACGACUACAACAGUACCAACAACGACCACCAUUGUAAAAACACAAUCUUGCAGAGGGGAUGAGUUUGACUGUGGUAACAAACAGUGCAUUCCACUGGCGUUUGUAUGUGAUGUCAUUCCUGAUUGUGACAAUGACCAUGAUGAACAAAACUGCACAGUUAUUGAUAUAACUCUACCUCCACCACACAGGAAAGCCUGUAAGUCCAAUGAAUUCUACUGCGAUGCAGACCAAUGCAUACCAAAAGAUUACGUCUGCGAUGUCAUCCCAGACUGUGAGAACGGCCAUGAUGAACUCAACUGUAGCAUUCUCACAUCUAACUCAUCACAGUCAGCAGUGAAAGGCUGCCCUGAUGGAUUUAAGCCCUGUUUAGAUGGUAUUUGUGUCAUCGGAAAAAAAUUCUGUGAUGGUCUUCCAGACUGCCUGGACAAAUCAGAUGAACUCAACUGCACUUUGUUUGGGUCUACAACCAAUAUCACAGCAAAGAAAGCUUGUUUUUCCAACCAGUUCCAAUGUAAGAAUGGCAGAUGUAUUCCACAGCACCAACGAUGUGAUGACUGGCCAGACUGUGAAGAUAAAUCUGAUGAAGAAAAAUGCAACGUAUCACCUGUCGGAGAAUCACAGUCUCUCACACAAACGAAGAACAAAGACAAAACAGGACUCUGUCCAAGUGGUUCUUUCCAUUGCCCAAAUGGUUUGUGUAUCAGCCAAAGUAAACUGUGUGAUGGCUGGCCAGAUUGUCAGGACCUGUCUGAUGAGAAACACUGCAUUGAGACUACAAAGAAACCACCACCGACAAUUCAAACAACUGUUGCUUCCCAACCUAUUACAUCGCCAUCAUCAUCGUCAUCAGGUAAAGCUUCUCUCACCACCCCAAGAAAACCAUUCAAAGUCAAUCCUGGCACGUCUUUAAACCACACAGAUGUGCUCCAGGAAUCACAACCAAUGACACAACCUUUCACUACGGACAUACUACACACGUCUUCUUCUCCCUUUGUGAAACCUACCACAACCCCUUUAGCAAACCAGGACAAGUUGCACACUUCAACACAAUCCUUUCUCUCGCAAACUCCUUCAACACCAACCCUGCGCAAAAUCAGGCCAACUGCAGCAAAAUUUCCAAGGAUUUCAGCUUGCCUUCCGGGUUAUUUCCACUGCACCAGUGGUGGUUGCAUACACCAAGUAAACCGCUGCGAUGGAUGGACGCAUUGUGAUGACAAUUCUGAUGAAACCAACUGCUUUACACCAGAACAAACCUCCUGGCCGACUGAAACAAGGUGUCCUUCAACCAACUUCCGUUGCGGUGACGGAACCUGCAUAGAAUUGGAUGACAUCUGCGAUGGUUGGUUCGACUGCAACGAUAAAAGUGAUGAGAUGCAAUGCAGUUAUAAGAUAAACGCCAAAAACACCAGCAUUGCCAAUGGUUGUGCCGAUGAUGAGUUCCGUUGUCUCACUGGUCUCUGUAUUCCGCUGCCAUUCCGCUGUGAUACCGUUAUUGAUUGCGAUGACAAAACUGAUGAAGAAGGAUGCCACCAAAAUGCAAUACCAACCAUUGCAACGCUGCCAGGUUGUAAACCAAGUGAAUUCCAUUGCAAGAGCGGUCAGUGUAUAGACCAGGCCUUUGUCUGCGAUGGUCUCUAUGACUGUUCAGAUGCCAGUGAUGAGAAGAACUGUCCAGUCGGUGGUUCUACAAUACCAGCAACAACAACAGAAGUUACAGAUGUAAGUGCCUGUAUGAAAACCGAGCACAUGUGUCAGAAUGGUAAAUGCAUUCACCAGAACUACGUAUGUGAUGGCAUUCCAGACUGUCCGAAUGGUCAAGAAGAGAUGAACUGUAAAGGGAAAUCCACAAUUCCAACCAGUGAAGAAACACCAUCAGAAGUGAAAGACCGUUGUGGUCUGGGCUCCAUCCUAAUGGACAGCUGUGAUUGGUUGAUUGAUGAGUCCAACUGGUGUUUCGCUGGAAUGAACCUCACUGAAACGGAGAAAGUAUGUAAAGAUGGUUUCUACCAAUGCCGAAACAGCACUAUCUGCCUCCAUCCAGUCAAUCUAUGCGAUGGGGAGCCUGUUUGCCCCAUGGCAGAUGAUGAACCAGAGAAUUGCAGUUGUUCUCCAAACCAGUUCAGGUGUAACAGUGGUCAGUGUGUGAUGCAAUCUCGCAGGUGUAAUGGCUACAAGGACUGCAGGGACAACUCAGACGAGGCCCGUUGCUCAGCUGAAAAAUGCACUGGACGUCUGUGUAGUUCUGGACAAUGUGUGGCACCAGACAGUUUCUGUAAUGGUCAGUUUGAUUGUGAUGACCACAGUGAUGAAGAAUUUUGUGAAUGCAGCUUUCCAAAACGACAAUGCAACAAUAUGUUGUGCAUUGAUGCAGUAAAGUGGUGCAACAGAGAAGAUGACUGUGGCGACAACAGCGAUGAACAGAUGUGCAAUUGUUCCGUUGGUGAAGUAUCCUGUCCUGGAGGUAAAUGCAUCCCCCAAAAAUGGUGGUGUGAUGGCAGUAAUGACUGUCCUGGUGGACUUGAUGAAGCUAAAUGUCAUCAAACUACAACAACAACAACAACUGCUGAGACACCAGCAGCAACAACAACACCAGAAAGUAUUUAUCCUUUCAAAGAUAGCUGCAAGGCCAGUGAGUUUGUGUGUACUCGAGAGUAUCACUGUAUCAACCGUAGCUCUGUGUGUGACAUGCACUGGGAUUGCUCGGAUGGUGAAGACGAAGCCUUGUGUGUUUCACUGAGAAAACAUGAUUCCUCAAAGUCGCUGCCUGUCUUGGCUCUCACUUUACGGGGUAAAACCAGCAUGGUCUGUGCCAACAAUUGGUCUAAAGAUUGGGCCUCGUUUGUCUGUAAAUAUCUCCGACACAAGAAUGUAAAGAGAGUUGAGUUACUUGAUGCACCUGAAAAUACCCACUCCUACCAGCAGAUACUCAGUGAAACACUUAAAUACCCUCUUCAGAACUACAUCAGGACAGCAUCGUCCUGUGAAAGUAACAAGGUUGUUCAUAUGGCUUGUAAUGAAAGAGUUUGUGGCACCAACAAGCAUCAUUCAAUCCAGUAUCAGAAGUUUAUCAUCGGAGGAGACUUGGCUCACCGCUACACCUGGCCCUGGGUAGCCUCUGUGCUCUACUUGGGAGAACCAAUAUGUGGUGCUACACUCAUUUCUGACCAAUGGCUUGUAACAGCAGCACAUUGUGUCGUGACAGGCAUGUGGAACCGGACCAUGGUACCUUACUAUUUCUCCAUUGUCCUCGGUGAGAUUGACCUGUACGAGGGGCUGAUGAACGGAACACGGAUCCCAGUUGACCGGAUUGUCAUGCCAGACCAGAUGAAGCUGGUUGCGUUUCACCCUCAUCCAGACAUUGCUCUGUUGCACCUCAGGUACCCUGUGACACCCAGCUUCCGCAUCAAGCCGAUCUGCAUGCCAGAGAUACCAAGACACGACGAGAGGUCAGCCUGCUACCUGACCGGAUGGGGAAGCUCCCAUAGGCUGGAGAACAGCAAACGCAGAUACAGCAACUAUUUACAUGAAGUACGUAUGAUUAUUCGAGACAAUGCCAACUGUGCCGGGUUCCGACCACAGCCAGACUGGGAGCACAACUUGUGUGCUGGAUACAUGGAAAGUUCCAUCACUGGAUGUUACGGUGACAGUGGAGGUGCCUUGAUGUGCUGGGAGCCAGACAACCGGUGGACCAUUGUAGGAGUUUUGUCGAAAGGACGCUACAACUGUGCAGCCAAUUCUCCAAACGUUUUCACAAAGAUAUCGUCCAUGCGUGGCUGGAUUGAACGAUCCUUAGGGUGGAGCAGCAAGUCGCAAAACUAAACAUCCAGUGGACAGGUGUGUUGGGUUGUUACAGAGGAAGUGUGAGGCCAGGAUUAGCAGUAAGAUGAUGGUAAAGAGUAAAGAAAUGCAGGCUGACAAUAUAUAAUGAGGUUUGCUGUGGGGGUGUCUCGGGGACAGAGCCAAAGGGGCAACAGCAUUGCAGUAUUCUCGGAAUCCCUUCAAUAACUUUUGGAGUCUUUCACAAACAGUUCCACUUGUAAUGUGGGUUUUUGUUUCUACCCUUAGGUUUAUAUUUUCAAUUAUAGCCCCAUGAUAAUUGAUAUGCAUGUGAGUCCUGUGAAUUUUGUUUAUUUUUAAUCAACUAAUAGCAUUCAAUUGUAGCCAAGAACCCUCCUACAUCGAUCUGAACUCAGCACUGUAAGUUAACACAAUACUUCAUUAUAUAGUACCAUUAAGAGGCGAGCUGGCAGAAACGUUAGCACGUCAGGUGAAAUGCUUAGCGGUAUUUCAUCUGCCUUUACGUUCUGAGUUCAAAUUCCGCUCUGGUCAACUUUGCCUUUCAUCCUUUCAGGGGGUCAAUAAAUUAAGUACCAGUUGCGUACUGGGGUCAAUCUAAUUGACAAGCCCCACUUCCCCAAAAUUCUAGGCCUUGUGCCUAAAGUAGAAAAAACAAUAUUGUGCCACUCCUCCAUUACCACCCCCACCACCUCAUGGUACCUAUUAUUUCACAGUUACAUGACCUGGCUAACAGACACAAUAUGUGUCUAAAUUCCAGACUGUGUCCCGAAGCUGGAACCCUCACAACUAAAAACACACAAGCUUCACAAACAGUUCUGUAGAAAUGUAUAUAUAUUGCAUUGAAUACACAUCAUGGUUUAUAUGUUUAUGUAUAUAAAAUGAACAUGGAAUAUUUCUAAACUUGCAUACAUUAUUAAACCACAACUUAUACACACACACAAUAAAGAUUCAUUAAUUUGGAAUUAGAAAUGAACAAACUCAGUGAUGAGAAUUGAAACUGGCAUCUCUUGCUUAACAGGCAGAAGUGUCACAUGGUUUGAUUCCAGAAAGUGGGUUGGUCGUGUCAUUUCAGUUACAAACUGGUGUUUAAAUCCAAAACUUACCUCUUUGUUGAUCUACUUCAUUAUAUGAAUCUGUCAUAUAUACAUACAUACGCUCACUUUUGUUAUAUAUAUAUAUGUACACAUUUGUAUCUAUUAUAUAUAUAUAUAUUGCUUUAUCUUCCAAUUCAGAUUAUCCUUUUUCCCAUAAAUAAACUUGAACUGGACAAAAUUAAGCAAUAAAGAUUCAACACUAUUCCAUUCUUCAAAUCUUUCUCGUAGUCUUUUGCAAUCUCACAGGUAAACUAAGCUUGUAACCUAGCAAAGGAAGGACCAAGUUAUCUCCCUUCUGCAGACGUAAAUUCAAUGUUUUACACAGCUACGCACAAAUUCAUCACACACACAGAUGUAUAUGUAUCUUAAAUUUCACAUGAUGGUCUUCUGUUUACUGUCACAGAGCCCGAGUCGACAUGAGGCUAUAGCAGAAAACAUUUGCCUAAGUUUUUCCACUACUACUGGUCAAUGAAUCUCAUGUUCGUUCACAUUUUCAAAACCAGUAUAAGUGCACAUUUGGUCGAUUUCAUGAUAACCAUUGAAACACAAUCUGCUGGUUUCUUGCACGUGAAAUUUGUUUCAGUCAAACUGGGAUAGGUGCCAUACAUAAGACAGUGGGCAAAUCUUAGUCUUCCAGUCAGACUCAGAUAUAUUCAAAUUGUUUUGAACAAUUACUCAAAAGUCAUUCUGAUGCAUAUAUCAGGUUUUGAAAGUAAGUUCAUCAUAUUUUCAUAGUUGAGCUGAACUGGCAACGGUUACCUUGGUUUUGCAAUAACAAAUGAGCAAUACCAGGACUAGAUAAUUUGGUUUCAAAUACAGAGAGAGUGAAAAUGAAAAACUUAUUCAGUUACCUUGUCUUUGAGCAAUUUGAUGAGCUGAUUGUAUUGCCACAUACACGUUCUUUUAGCUUCCAUUGUAAAAUAGAAUGUUUACCAUUCUGUUAAGCAAUGGAACAAUAAACAACUGUUCUGUUGUAAUGGACUAUGGCCAUGCUGGGGCACCACCUUGAAGGGUUUCAGUUAAAUGAAUUGACCCAGGUAUUUUUGAAAGCUGGAUGCUUAUUCUAUCAGUUUCUUUUUCGGAAUCACUAAGUUCUGGAGAUGUAAACAAACCAACACAGGGUGUAAUAUUGGUCCCGAGAGACAAUCACAAUCACACACAUACAUGAAGGACUUCUUUCAAUCUCCGUCAACCAAUUCUACUCUGAAGGCUUUAGUCUGCCUGGAACUAGACCCUCUGCAGUGGGACUGAACCUGGAACCAUGUGCAUGGGAAGAACAGAAAUAAAACUAAAAAGAAAGAAAAACAGACACAGAUACAGGUCUUAGAAAUCUUUACAAUAGUUUUUUUGUAUUUUUAUUUUGAACAUUUCUUUUUUUAGAUUAUAUAUUAUUAUACAAUAUUUUGUUAUCUGGCUGAAAAUAUUUUAUAUAAUAUACAUAUGUAUAUUUAUAUUAUAUGUAUGCAUGUAUGUGUGUAUAUAUUUAUAAAUAUACAUGUUUAUAAGUAUGUAUAUAUGUGUGUGUGUGUGUGUGUGUGUGUGUGUGUGUGUGUGUGUGUGUGUGUGUGUGUGUGUGUGUGUGUAUAUAUAUAUACACAUACAUGUGUAUAUAUGUGAAAAAUAAA